AUGCGAGUUAGGGAAAAAAGGGAAGAGGGCGUGGUCUGGUUUGACGUAAACAGGAAGAAGGGCAAAGGGGGCGUGGUCAGUGGUGACAGGGGGAGAAGCAGGGCCUGCUAUUUCUUUAACGUCCUUCUGCUAUCUUUCGCGAGAGAAAUAACUCGGUUUUGGUUGUCCUUACGUGCCAGGAAUCCAAGGAAUCGCGUUACUAACAGAUGGGUCAGGCACUUUGGAGACUGCCUCCCAGACAACAACACCAGCUUCAAGAAGAGCUGGCAGACCUGGCUGAGCAAGCAGGACGAGGAGGCGACCCAGGUCAUUACAGAGAAACUUUACUAA